UCCCCUCUUUUUUUUUCAAGUAAAUUAUUCAAGCUAGAAAUAUAGCUCAAAAAAAUUUAGAAAGCAAAGAGGUUUUUCUAAUCUAACUUGCUAAGAUUAAAUAGUAUAAUGCAGUUCCAAAACAAAAAUUGAUAUUUAAAAAGAUCAGUUAAUUUCACCAUAUUUGUUUUCCUUAUUAAGAUAUGGUGCAAAGGAAAGAAAGUGAAGGAAAAAAUAAGUUCUCAGAAAAAAGUUUUUCAUGUCAACCUAGUUCACAGUUUAAAGAAGAGGAAUUGCUUAAGAGUUCAAGUGAAUCUGAAGAUGAUGAAGAAAAUUAUGAUCGCCGACAUGAGUCAAAUACAGAUUUACCUCAUGAGUAUUGGCAAAUACAAAAGUUGGUUAAGUACUUAAAGGGUGGUAAUCAAACAGCAACUGUGAUAUCUUUAUGUGCUUUGAGAGAUCUUAAUUUACAUCAAGAAGCAUGUCAAUUAGCUAUGAGAGAUGUCGGAGGGCUAGAAAUACUUAUUAAUCUUUUGGAAACAAAUGAACUCAAAUGCAAGGUUGGAUCUUUGAAGAUUUUAAAAGUUAUUUCUGAAAAUAUGCAAAUAUGCAAAGCCAUUGCAGAUUUAGGUGGGUUAGAAACCAUGGUCAAAAUACUUAGUUCAUCAAAUAAAGAGUUAAAAUGUCUGGCAGCUGAAAAUAUAUCUCAUGUAGCUAAGUUUCGUAGGGCUAGAAAAGCAGUCAGACAAUAUGGUGGAAUAAAAAAACUGGUCCAGCUUCUUGAUUAUACUGAUUCAUUGACAGAGUUUGGUAUUGAAAUUGCUCGUGCAGGAGCACUAGCUUUAUGGAGUUGUAGUAAAAGCGACAAAAAUAAAAUAGCAAUUAAGAAUGCUGGUGGUAUAAUGCUGUUAGCAAAACUACUCAAGUCAGAUAAUGAAGGAUUGCUGAUUCCAAUUGUUGGAACAUUACAAGAGUGUGCUUCAUUGGCUAGCUAUCGUCUUGCAAUACGUGAAGAGGGUAUGGUAAAAGAUCUUGUAAAUAAUUUGCGUAAAAAUAAUACAGAGUUACAGCAACAUUGUGCAAGUGCAAUAUAUAAGUGUGCUGAAGACAAAGACACAAGAGAUCUUGUUCGUGUCUAUGGAGGUUUAGAACCCCUGAUAGCAUUGCUAGCACAUGCAGAAACCAAAGAGUUACUAGUUGCAGUCACAGGUGCUAUAUGGAAGUGUGCUAUUAGCAGUGAUAAUGUUGUUGUUUUUCAGCAGCUUAAAGCUAUAGAACAACUCAUAACAUUGCUAAACAAUCAACAUGAAGAGGUUUUGAUUAAUGUUGUUGGAGCCCUUGGCGAAUGUGCAAAAAUACAAGCUAAUUGCUCCAUCAUACGCAAAUCUGGUGGCAUCGCACCUAUGGUUUCACUCUUAACUGGAACAAAUCAACAACUUCUUGUGAAUGUAACUAAAGCCAUAGGCCAAUGUGCUUCUGAGCAAGAGAAUAUGGCGAUUAUUGACAGAUUAGAUGGAGUUCGUUUACUAUGGUCACUACUGAAAUCCCCAAAUCCAGAGGUCCAAUCCAGUGCAGCUUGGGCAAUAUGUCCUUGCAUUGAAAACGCCAAGGAUGCAGGCGAGAUGGUUCGCUCUUUUGUUGGAGGUUUGGAAUUGAUUGUAUCUUUACUAAAGUCAGAAAAUUCAGAAGUGUUAUCAAGUGUAUGUGCAGCAAUAGGAAAAAUUGCUAAAGAUGAAGAGAAUCUUGCUGUCAGAACAGAUCACGGGGUGGUACCGAUGCUUGCUCAUUUAACUAACACCACAGAUGAUCGUUUGAGGCAUUAUCUGUCAGAAGCAAUUUCACGUUGUUGUACAUGGGGUAAUAAUAGAGUGUCCUUUGGCCAAGCAGGUGCAGUUGCGCCCCUUGUUCGAUAUCUCAAAUCAACAAACAGUGAUGUCCAUUUGUCUACAACUAAAGCGUUGUUUCAGUUAUCACGUGACCCCAAUAAUUGUAUUGUAAUGCAUAGCAACGGAGUUGUUAAGUCAUUAUUAAAGAUGGUGGGCUCUUCUGACGAACAGAUUCAAGAAGCAGCAGCGGGUUGUCUCAAUAAUAUACGUAAAUUAGCUCUGGCUAAUGAAAAAGCCAUGGAUACUUGAUUUUUUAUACUUUUUGUUAGGUGUUCAUUUCAAAUUUUAUUUUUGUAAAUUUUUUUUUUAAUAUUAAAUUAAUUUUUAUAUUAUAAAAACUUUUGCUGUGAAAAAUUGUGAAAUAUUCUCAAAAUGUUAUUGUAAAUUAAUUCGUUUGUUAAAGAAUUUUUUUGUUCAUGAAUAAUUUAAAUUAUAU